AUUUCGUAGCACCGCGUCAAAGCCUGUAGGAAUCACAAUGGGUCGUCUAGCCGAAAUGCAGCGCAAGCUCCUGGAGCAAAUGAUGGGCCCUGAGGCAAUGGGUGUUGCCAACGCCAACUUGCAUUGGUCCGACGAGAAAGUGUGCAGGAACUUCCUCUGCGGAACGUGCCCUCACACCCUGUUCACAAACACCAAAAUGGAUCUAGGCGCAUGCCCCAAGUCACAUACCGAGCGUUUGAAGACAGAGUUCCUCGCAGCACGGGAAGCCAACCCUAGCGAUCCGAUCUUCCACAGGUUCCAAAUGGAAUACGAAGCAAAUAUAUUUGCCUUUGUAGACGAGUGUGAUCGAAGAAUUCGGGCAGCACACCGUCGCUUGGAAAAGACGCCCGAAGAGAAUGCCAAAACGACCAACUUGAUGCGAGAAAUUGCGGAAAUUGAGCUCGCUAUUCAGGGAGGAACAGAGAAGAUCGAGCAGUUGGGCGAGCAAGGGAAAGUGGAGGAAUCCAUGCGGGAAAUGGCGGCCAUCGAGGCCCUGAAGAACGAGAAGGCUGACAAGGAACGCGAACUGCAACAACUAACAGACACGUCUGGUGCAUCAGGACACCAGAAGCUUCGCGUCUGUGAUGUCUGCGGUGCCUAUCUGUCCGUACUCGAUUCAGAUCGUCGGCUGGCGGACCAUUUCGGUGGAAAGAUGCACCUUGGUUAUCACGAACUUCGAAACAUGCUGGCUAAAUUUAAAGAAGAACGGGAGAAACGCAAAACCGCGCUUGGUGGAGGGCCGCCAGGAUCAGCCCCAUCAGGACCUCCUGGCCGUUCUGGCAGCGAUUACCGCUCGUCAAGAGGAGAUGAUUACAGCCGGGACCGUGAUCGCGGGUACCAGUAA